UAUUUACCCCGCGGUGUAAAGCUGGAUCUCGCGCUCUCCCGGUGUCCUUAAGUCACGUUCUAUUGUUCGCGUCGUUUCUCGUGGGUUGCCUCUUUCAUCGUUCCGGGGGGUUCCGUAACGUUCGUUCUACGGCUUGUGCUUUCUCAAUGGUGAACGGUUAGAGAUCGUGCGCCAUGUUCGCGCCGCGAGCAGCACGCGAUUCACCGGCUACCGUGGCAAGUGAUACGUUUUUUUCUGCCGUCGAGCAACGGCGAGUGGUGUGCGUUUAAAUACCGUACCAGGGUACGCCGCGGUGUGUGCUUGUGUGUUUAUGGUGCGCGGGUAUGCCAUUAAGAAGGCAAAAGUCCUAGUGGUAGUAAACGACAAGGCGAGAGCACGCUGUGGGACCGUGGAAUGCGCGCUGACAGACAACGAAACAGGAAGGAGGGUAACGGAAAGAGCGACCGGGUAGAGGAAAGAAGUGGAGUAUGAGGGCCCCGGAGGAAAAACGCAAGGCACGUUCACAGCUCGGCGAAGCGGUUAAUGAUUGGGAGUCACCGAACACAGCUGGCCACGUUCCUGUCGCCUGCAGCUGGAGAUGAGUACGAACGAGGUGAACUCGUCGACGACGACGACGUUGACGUCUUUGGCGCUGUCGUCGUCGCCGAUACUGGACGCCGCGGCCGAAGACGAGGAGGAGCCACCGACCUUGGGCGAAUCCGGCGGCAUGGAUCUGGUGAACGGGCCCAAUCCGUGGCUUCCGGCGUACGGCUUCCAGCUGCAACAUCAUUCCCAUUUUCAACCCACGCACGAGGAUUUACGGGCUAAUGAUACGGUGCUAGUGCAGCAAGUCGACUUUUUAGAGACGAUUUUAGAAGAGACCUCCGACGAUCUACAAAGUGAUUCUGAUCGGAGUGGUACAACGUAUUGGGUUGGCUCGGAUUCAGAGACCGAGAGCGUAAUCCACAUUCGGGCGAAGCAGAGAUCGGCAGAUGGUAGCGGUAGUGAGUGCAAUUCCGUUGUACCGAAGAAGAGACGACGAAGGAACAAUGGUACCAGUGAUCGCGAUCACCAGGUGACGUUUGAGGAUUAUCCACCGUCGCCCAGGUCUUCAAGAUCCUCUGCAUCGUCGAGAUCAAGCUCUCUUCUGCAGUUUGAAUCUUUGGAGAGAACCUGCGCCACCCUGUCGCCUUCCAGCUACAGCUUUGACUCACUGGAAUAUUCGAACAGAUCGAAUGCUUCUCAUCCCGAAAAUACAUCCCCGGAUAGCCUUGAGCAGGACUACGAGAAAGUCCUGCCGAACGGUUUCGGAAAUGUGGAUCAUUUCUCACGGCUCCGACCUUAUCGCAGCUUUGAGAGUCUGGAUACUUGCCAGAAAGACGACGAGUUCGGGCCCAGCGGGCUAACCAACGGAUUCGCACCUUUGUACCUGAAACGUAACUCGGACCUGUCGAGGAUACGACGAAAUGGUCAUUGUCCAAGGGAUUUCUGGCACGAGGACGAUGAGUACGAGGAUGACGAAGACGAUGAGGACCUCGAUGACGACGAGGACCGUCUGCUGAAGGACACCCGCGCGUGCUCGGAGAUCGAGGACCGAUUGAUGGUGUUUGGGGAUUCUAGCUGCAACUACGCCACUUCCGUCGACUAUAGGAACACGAUCGAUCUACGGGAGAUCGGCAUCGAGUCGAAGAGAGACGCUCUGUUGGAUCUAAAGUCCGGCCAGGCGGCGGUGUCGGGUUCGUUUCGGCUGCUGCAGACCCGUUUAAAUAUAGCCGGGGGCAUGGCGCACGGUCGCGGCGGCAUGGUAGCCGAGCAUCAUCAUCAUCACCAUCAUCAUCACCACCAUCACCAUCAUCAUCAACAGAAACAGCAGUCGUCGCCGAGUCAGUAUCACGAGUAUGAGCAUCGCGAGCACCAGCGGCAGCACCAGCACCACCGUCAAGGGUGGAGCAAGGAGGAGUGCUUUAAUUUUAGAUUCACGGAUAAAUCUCAAAGCGCGCCCAGUCUGCCUAGCAGCGUCGACGAAUCCGCACACGGUCCACGCUCGUUGGUCGCGCGUACCUCAUCAAGGGCAACCUCCUUCGUCUCCACGUCAAACUUAUUCGAGAACUACACUAGGGUUGCAAGCGUGCCCGUCGACCUUAAUCUCUGCGGCUCGUACACGUACGAUGAUUCCGGUUGUCCGGAAGUGAGCACGGACGAUCACGAAAUGGCGGAGGUCACCAAGAUACACGAGAAGAAGCGGCUGGAGGCCGUGGAGGAUAUCCGGCAGAACGGCAGCGAUGAAGACACCGUAGGAACAGCGCAGUUGAAAAGUUCUUUGACAAGCUCGGUGAGGACGCAGGCGCCUCAACACGUGCUAGUAGACGGCAAGUUGGACCACGAGAAAAUGGAGGAGAAUUUACAAGAUCUGGAAGAAAACGAGUGCUUAGGCGAUCAUUGCCCGAAUCCCCGAGAAAAGAAGCAAGUGACUUCAACGGUGAAGACUCAGGAUCGCGGUAACUGUGUACUGGACAUGGCGAUGGCCAUGGAGAACGACAUCGGUGCAGUGGGUGAGGCAAUCAAGCAGUUCAAGCGCGAGGUUGAGGAGGCAACCAUGGUGAACGGCAAGAAUUUGGACGGUGUCCAGAGAACGUUGUCCGGCAGACUGCGGACCCACCGAGUGAAGAAUAAUGCUAGUUACGAGUUGGCCCAACAAUUUGAAAUCGACGAGAAAAAUUUCCGGUCCAACCGUGUACGCAAAGAAGGUGCUAGCGAUAGUGAAUCCAGUCCGAAAUCGCCUAGAAGUGCUUUCGGUAACAGGAGACGCAUAUUGAACAAUGCCAGUUAUGAGCUGGCCCAACAGUGCGACUACAUAAAUGCGUUGCAGUCAUCCAGGGGUGCUUUCCAGCGGAUGGACGCGUGCGAUGAAUUGGAGGAGCACGCCACUGCGCGAUCACCGCGAAUUAGGACGGUCACCGACAUGGUGCAUCAUAUGAGCAGCAGCUCAACUUCAAAUCUGCACAGCCACGAGCCUUAUCAAGACACUAGGAAAUACUCUAAAUCCACUGAAGACAUAUUCUCCCAAUUUUCGAAGGGUCCGUUCACCAGGGUACCGAUUAACCAGCUCGGUGAACGGUUGAAAAAGCAAGAGGAAGAGUCUCUAUUCAGCCAGGUAAAAAAAAACUCGGAUCCAUUUUCAGCCUGUGGAGAAGAUCGUAGUGGGCAUCCCGCAGUAGCCGACGAGAUAGAUUAUCCCUGCUUGGAAACCAAACCCAUAGGAACUUCCAGCCUCGAGGGGGGCUUACGUAAAGAACCAACCGCCUGGGAAUCUCGGGACCAAACCCCUGAACGAAGAAACACGGGAACCUUAGACCAGACAACCCACUAUAAUGAUCCUCAACCCGCAGACAACAUUAGUUUAAAGAAAUCAUACAUCGGAGAUUUUUACCCGGAGAACAUGAAACGUACGCGUCAGCAGGAGGAGCAGGACGAGGAGAAAGAGGAUGAGGAGGUAGACGGUCGGUCGCCGGAAGUCGCGGCCGACGGAAGCGUCGUCGACUCAGCGUUGGAGAUGAAUGCCGGGGAACAGCGACUUUGGAGGGUCGUGGUGGAAAAGCAGGCCGCCGCGGAGAAAGAGGUUUCCGCGAAGAUGGUUGAAUCAGACGAGGAGGAGUCAUCGACGGUGGUGGAGGAGAUUAUCGAAGAAAGGAAAAGGACAGAGAACGCACUGGAGGUGGCGGCAGCGGCAGAAGCAGCGAGGGGACACGCUGUCCACGGUGCUCGCUCCCCCCCACCCGGCGGUAGCAGCAAUACCGACGGUCUGGAGACCGGAGAACGGAGUGGGAAUCCAGUGGCGGCCGUGGUAGUUGAUACGAAUCAUCGCGGUGAUCGCGACAAACGUCACGAGGAGAACGCGGCGGCAACUACGGCCGCGCCGGUCAGGGUAGAAGACGCGAGGAUGUCGUCGCCGGCGGCGACCGCGAAACGGUCCGUCGUAUCGGUAGUGUCGCCUAAGAAAGACGCUACCAGGUACCAGAGGAACAUGGUGGUGGACGCUAACACAGGUACCACCGCGGUGGUGAAAGAGGAAAGAAAGAAAGGUGGCCUAGGGGGUUUCCUCCAGAGAUUCUCCAGGCUACGGUUCAGUGGUAGAUCGAAAGUGCCGCGGUCUGAGGUGCAGAAAAAGAGCAGUGACUCGCACGGCCAAGUGAAUCGCGGCAAGGUGAACAACGACGAGCAACAGACUAAAAAAGAGCCGGAUUAUAUCAUAAUUCCGCUACAUCCGCCGGAAGAGGAGAGACAAAGGGAAGAGGAUGCCGCGCUGGAGACGAAAACGGACAUCGGCCGUAGGCCCGUCGGGGACGUGCAACGCAGUUCGUCCAACGUCAGCGCGAACGGGAGGGCGCCAGUGUCCAGCAAGCCGCCCCUGCCUCCGCAGCCGCCCCGCGUCGGGGCGCUGAGCUCGAGACCGUCGACGGGCGCGUCGUCGUCGGCGUCUUCGUCGCGCCGACGCGCGGCUACGGACCUUGGGAAUCCGGCGGCCAUCGAGAUGGCGAGAGCCCGCACGAUGCAGGCCGCCCAGGAGCGUCCGGUCGGCCUGCUCGAGACCGACCUCGACGAGGCCGUGCCGUCGACGACGACCACCGCCUCAGCGAACUCCGCCGUCGCCUCCGCCGCAGCCGCCGCCGGUAAGAAGACCAGGAGCCUGCUCAAUCUGAAUCACACCUCGACCGCCCCGCGGCCCAGGCCAGAGCACGCCCUCCACGUACCCCAGUCGCCCGUCGGCGCUUCGCAUAGGAGCCCCCAAGACGACGGCGCCUCGUCCACCAUCAAUCAACGGCCACACAAAUCCAUGGAGUUCCUCCUCGACAAGGAGAACCUGCAUUUCGUCAAGCCGCCGGAGAACGAGUUGCAGAAAAUUGGCGAAAGAGUGCCGAGCGAACACGAACUCAGAGUGCAAAGAUCCCUACAACGACUGAACGUCCCGGAUUGGUACAAGAACUCUCCCGCAGCUCGCGAUGGUUUCCGGUUAAAGAGGCACUCUGACGCAUCGCAGCACGGAGGAUGGCGUGCUCUGGGCUCGAAAACCACUUCCCUCUCGUCUCUAUCGUCGUCUUCCAAUAGGCAGCCGACUACAGGUGCCCUUCUAAGUCCAAGUCCUACACCACCUGUAUUCUCGAGAUGGAGUACCAGUCUGCUGAACAGCGCCGGAAGUUCGCCAGCAAGUUCGGCAAGGUCGUCUUUCAACCACCGACAGCCGUACUUAGGCUGGCGUUCCCAGGAACGAUUGACAAAUCCACGAACACCGGCCGAACGUCUUGCUCAGGGUAUUCUUCCCCAGUUGCAAGCAGCAAGCAAGCAGCAACAACAGCAACAGCAGCAACAACAGCAGCAGCAGCAACAACAGCAACAGCCGCAGCAGCAGCCGCAGACAACGAAUCAGCAGCUAGAAGUGAGAAACUCGAUAAAGGAGGUAACCUCGGCCAUUGUGCACUACGUGCAAAGCGGUCAGGAGGUUGCUGGAGGUGGCAGGCUCUCGCCUCGACCUCGACCAGAAGACUGGGACGACAGGGGCGGAGCAAGGUCAACCAGCCCCAGAGGGAGCGUGAAGCUGUGUUGGAUGGAGAGCUCGUUCGUCGGCACAAGACCCGUGGACUCGCCGGAGACGCCGAUGAGCUUAGCCACGGAGACCGACUGCUGUCCCGGCUGCAACGCUACGGCCACUGAAUCUUGCAGUUGCAUGGACUCCGCCACUUCCGGUCUCUUCUUGGACCUGACGCCGACCCGCGAUGACGGUCAACAGCACCAUCAGCAACAGCAACAGCAACUGGGCGGCGGUGGCAGCUUAUGCCCGUCACCGUCCUCCUCGCUCAAUUACCACCACCAUCCCCAUCACCAUCACCGUCAGCUCCAUCAGCAGCAACCGCAGCAACAGCAACGCCAUCACCGCGGAUCGGGCCAGAGUGAUAUGGACGAGGCGAUGGCGACGGCAGCUCUUCUGCGGAACAAACCGAGCCCUGGCUCCACGACCCUGGAGGACGUCCUUGACUCCCUCCUCGGGCUGCCAUCCGCGUCGCGUACCCCGAGUCCCGGGCCAGGACCAGUUACCACUGGCGCAUCCGCCAGCAUGCGGCAUCGAACUAACGUCGGACAGGCGAAUGCGAAAGCCGGGAAGAGCUGCAGCGACCUACGCCAAGACCUCCAAGAGUCCGCUAGGAGCGUGAUGGACGUGCAGGGCGCCACGGAGGAACGCGCCUCGUAUUACGUAGGUGAGCUGGUCAGACGGAAGAGCGAGGGCAGCGACACGAUCCCCUCGAAGAUGUCUACGAGGGGCGGCGGUCCGUUGCGUCACCGACAGAUCUCGUUCGACGGCAACCAGGAGGCGAACGGGCUAGUUGCAGGCAGCGCUGGGGAGAAGAUGGUCCGUUGCCGAAACAACAAGUGCAGCAACACAGCAACCUUGGCCGAGGCGAGAAAGACCUACAAGAGCUGUCACAAUUGCACCUGCCUGUACUGCUCGAGGGAAUGCAGGAAGGCGCACUGGCAGCGGCAUCGGCGCACCUGUCUGCAUUCGAGGGCCGGCAGCCUCUGCAAGCAGGUGUUGUCCUCCGCGAAAGAAGAUCCGAUCACGCUGAAGCACAUCUCCGCGCUGGCGAAACGCGGCUACGCGUUCCACGGCCGAGGCGCUGUCAAGUGUUUCUUCUCUAGCCCAGAGGCCGCCGAGAAAUUCGUCGCUAACGGCUUCACAGAGCUAGGCAAGCCAACCUACAUUAGAUGGUCGGACCUACUGGUCAGCGAGAUGGGCGAGCUCCUGUACGCCGAGGUAAUUAGACUAUGCAAGUCAUACAACCCGGACACCAGGCUGGUGCUCUACGUGGCGGUGUGCGUGGUUAGCGAGGUGCCGACCAGCGGUGCUGUGAAAUGGGAGCGUCAAUUGGUGUCCAGGUGCGCAAAGAUCCACCUGGACUCGGCCAGCAGGCACCACACCUCGUCGUCGUCGGCCUCGCCGCAGGGCAGGCAGCAAUCUGCGUCACCGUGCAACAUUACCAGGGAGAUGGAGUCCCCGGAGAUGCUGGUCUUGACGUCCUUGCCGGGCAGCGACGGCCAGAACACGCCGAAGAGGAUCAGGGAGAUCAGUUUCACGAAUAUACAGAGGCAGCUGAAGCUUAGGGGUGUAUCGCUCAGGAGACAUUUCCCGCAGGUGUACAGGAAGCUGCGGGCAUACGUGGACGGGACUGUAGACAAGUUCGCGCCGGUCACCAUCUACCCACGCGACCAGGCGUCCGGGAAGAGCUUCAUGUGCAUCAUCAUGCUGGACGUAGAGCCGGAACGCCUUCAGCUGCUACCGACAGACUCGUCCAGGGUCCGAACGGUCGACAUCAGCGUUGAGCAAGAAUGAACGCUGAACAGACGCACCGUAAUCCGCUUGAACGAUUUUUUACCGAAGUUUAACGAUGGUACGUUUUUGCUGAUCUGAUCGAUGGGUGUGGAAAUGCGAAGUGUGAUUCGGAGGAGGUUACUGGAGAGGUCUUGGUCUACCACUGCGUGUAGUCUGUGAGCGAAACAACUGGAGAACAGAGGUUGUUUCGCGCAUAUAGGAAAUCAUCGAUGACAGCGGAGGAGAGAUGAUUGUUCUGCCCCCGAAUCGAGGACCCGUUGACACGGUCAACACGACCACGCGACUCGACGCGGAUCAACGAACACUGAAAAUGUCUACGGUCAGACUUUGUCCGUUGCCGAUUCUCUCUAGCCUUGACUCGACCCGAGAUUGGUCUAAUUGUGUACUUAUAGUUUCGCGGUGAGCUUGUACACGUUAGAAUCGCGCAAGGAAUCGUUGAUUUAUCGUUCGACUCGUGGGGUGUACACGUUGAUUAUGCACCGUCGAUUAACGACUGUUCGUUUUCGUGGGCAUUCAAGGAACGUGUAUCCCGACGUUUAUCAGUUUCGUUCGUAGACCUUGCCCGCGGACCUUAGGGUACUCCUCUGAUUGCUUGUAUUAAUCAAAAGGAAUUUCCUCGAUUUGGUUGUUGCUCUAUCAGAUGUUUAUUGAUUACCACGAUCGUCGUAGAUAUGUAAUUGGACAGCGGUUCCACGAUUUCAAUGCUCAAAACAUUUUCUUCAGCAUGAAGAGUCUUAGCGGUGUUUGCUCGUCGCUUCUGGGAGACUUUAAUACAUUGACUAUCGCAUCGUUUGUUUAUAGCGAAACUACGAUUUGUUGAUUUUAACGAGAAAUUUUAAGCAGAAAUUGUUGAAACUGAAUUCUAUUAUAAUUAAACGAUAAUUUAACGAUUUUGUCCUGGAAAUAUAAUAUUCGAUGCAAUGGAGUGUCAUGUUAAAUUUAAAACUUCUAUAACCUGUGUAACUCAUCUUUCAUUUUUGAAGGCCUUUGAUUUGACAAAAAAAUAUCAUCAUUGAUGUAACGUUAAGCAGGAAAGCUCUUGAUAAAAAGAAUCGAAAUUAGCGGCCACUGUAUUAAAGUACAAAGCAACGCAUUUCAAUAUCAAAAAUAAAUAUUUCUAUAUCAACAUUCUUCAUUAUAUAUUUAGUGAAUGGACUGCGGAUUUUAUGCAUUUACAAUACAAUUUAAUACACGGGUCACAAUAAGAUAAGAAACUUUAUACUCACUUAAUUAUAUUGUUACGAGGUAUAUUAAAUUGUUACACUUACUUUCGAAUCACCUUAACAUUCGAUUCUUCCUUUUUUAAAACAAUUUAUAUUCAGUGUUAUUUUAUUACAUAUUCUUCGCUGUUAAUAGAUAGUAUUUAUUCAUUAGUAGGUACAUAGGUAGGUCACAUAAUUUUAUCUAGAAAACCAUUUCUUUUCAAUCGCUAGCGGAGAACUUAUCGUCUUUCAUGCAAUUUAAGACUUCUUUCAAUACUUUCUGCAUUAACAUCCGCACUCUGCUCACGAUCCUUCGAGAAAGGUAACCGCUGGCCGUGUGAAACGAAUCAAACAUUCAAAACUCGACAGAUCGCUUUCGAAAGUAACGACGAAUAAGUAUCUUGUUGUCUUUUUGUUCGGUUUGAAUGUAGUUACGGUUGUAUUUUUUGAAUUCUAUCGGAAAUAUAUAUAUAUAUAUAUAUAAAAAGAUUGAAAAUCUCUAAACGUCAUCAGAUUGGCUCGAUCGCGAGUGUUCUAGAGAUCUAUUGUAUUAGAUAUCAAGUCUGUCUGACGGCGUCGACAAAAUGACGGGAGCGUGGAUCGCGAAAUUUAUC